AGGUGCCAGAGUGCGUGGAGGUGGACCAUGCACAGUGUGAGCAGGCUGUGUGACAGAGGAGCAGACGGGAGCUCAUAUAAACGUGCUGCCUUCGCUCGGGGCCAUCGGGGGAUAAGAAAACAGCGCUACCUGUGUCACUGACCUCCGGCUGCUUCAAAGCGCAACAGCCGAGCUCCGGCUCAUGCAGAGCGGCCAUGGCCUCGCUGGAGGGCUGCCGCUGCCGGGGAUCCAGCGGCCGGAACAACAGCAGCAUCCUCUACAGCAUUUUGAAGAGUGACAGCCUCGUGAGCACCGAGGAACAACAACAACAACAUCCACAAGAACAACAACAAACACUGCAACACCUGCUCCACAAGACCUCCUCCUCCUCCUCCUCCUCCACCACCGCAGCCUCCUCCGGCCCGGCCUCGCUGCAGGAGCUCCGGCAGCAGGCGUGCUCCUGCGGCUCGGCGCGGCGCCGGGGCGUCCUCCGCUCCCCGCAGGUGACGUGCAAAGCGGCGUCGGCGGUGCUGGUGAAGACGCUGCGCUUCGUGAAGAACGUGCCGUGCUUCCGGGAGCUGCCGGAGGACGACCAGCUGGUGCUCAUCCGCAGCGGCUGGGCUCCGCUGCUGGUGCUCGGGCUGGCGCAGGACCGCGUGGACUUCGAGACCACGGAGACGGUGGAGCCCAGCAUGCUGCAGCGCAUCCUCACCGGCGUACCCGAGCGCCAGACCGAGCCCCCGGCCGGGCAGAGCAGAGCGGCGGCCGGGGUGUCGGUGGUGGACAUCGAGGCGAUCCGAGCUUUCCUGAAGAAGUGCUGGAGUGUGGAUAUCAGUACCAAGGAGUACGCGUACCUGAAAGGAGCCGUGCUCUUUAACCCGGAUCUGGAGGGUCUGCGCUGCCUCCACUACAUCCAGUCCCUGCGCAGGGAGGCGCACCAGGCUCUGAACGAGCACAUCAGGCUCAUCCACCACGAGGACACGACACGCUUCGCCAAGCUGCUCAUCGCCCUGUCCAUGCUGAGGGCCAUCAGCCCGCCGGUGGUCGCCCAGCUCUUCUUCAGGCCCGUCAUAGGCAGCGUGAACAUCGAGGAGGUGCUCAUGGAGAUGUUCUACGGGAAGUGAAGAGGAGGUUCAGGUUCAGCUGCCAUGUGGACUGAGAGGCUGUGAGAGAGUGAGGGCAGAGGAGGAGGAGGAUGAUAUAGGGACUGAAAUUUACAAUUUACUACUGCUGUGUGCGGGGAAGUCUGCAAAAAGCUGUGAGACAACCAACACAGGCAAGAGACUGUGUGUGUGUGUGUGUGUGUGUGUGUGUGUGUGUGUGAGUGUGAGAGUGAGAGUGAGAGAGAGAGAGAGAGAAUGGCAGAGAGCAUGUUGAAGGUAGGAUAUGUUAUAAUAGAGGAAAAAUACAAAGCAGCUGCUGGAAUUCAUAAUUUAUUUGUUUUUAUAUACAUUAUUUUUCUAUAAUAAUAAAAGAAUACUCUCUGA